ACAUUUCAGCCGGAGAGGAGAGUUGUAAAAGUGAUGAUCCUUCAGAAAAUAAACGUAGAAGGCUUGCAGACAUUUCAACAGGAGAGGAGGGUUGUAAAAGUGGUGAUCCUUCAGAAAAUAAACGUAGAAGGCUUGCAGAACCGUUGAAUGUUGAGAAGUGCCAAGAGAAGCUAAAAUCUUAUUAUGACACCUUCAGUAAGGUGAAAAUCGUUCCAUGGGACGAAAGCUCUUCCAUUGAGAUUAAUGAGAUCUACACACCUUUGAAUUGGGUGAGAGAUCACAGGAAGCCCAGCGGAGUGACACAAGAGGAACUUGAAGACUAUACCGACAUGUUCAAGGGAAAACCAACACGAAUGCUUGUUUAUGGUCGGCCUGGAAUUGGCAAGAGUACGUUUUGUAAGAAGGCUGCAUAUGACUGGUCGAAAGCCUUAAAAGAAAUCCUAAAGAACUUUAGCAUUUUGCUUCUGAUUAAGUUGAGAGAUGUGUGUGAUUUAGAAGACAUCCGUGAUGUUUUACGUGCGUCUAAAUUGCUGGCCAGUGAUGGUCCGAUCUCAGUUGAUAGUCUCUAUGAUUACAUAAUUAACAAUCAAGAUAAAGUGCUUCUUAUUUUGGAUGGCUACGAUGAGUACAGCUUUGCAGAAGAACACUCACCCAUCCUUGCAAUUUGGAAGGGUGAGCAACUAAGAGAUUGUCACGUUAUUGUCACCACGCGUCAACUUAAAUGUGACGAGUUAAUAGGCCCCAGCCACGUUCAGUUAGAAGUUCAAGGAUUCAAAAGCUGGGAACGAAUAAAAACCUUUGCGAGAAAAUUUUUGGUAGGUGAACAAGAUCUUGACGAGUUUAUAUACUACAUAAGAGAAAAACAUCUCAAUGACAUGGCAGAAAUACCUCUCUUCCUACUGAUGCUGUGUAAUUUGUGGAAAGAGAAAUAUCACGUAGAACUACCAAAAUCACGGGCCGACAUAUUCACACAAUUCAUUCAAACUAUACUGAAUCACAAAGGUGGAAGUCACCAGCCUAUGCCAUUUCAGAAAGUGACCUCGACAGAAGCUAAAGAAGACCUUAGUAAUCUUGGAAAGGUUGCCUUUGAAGCACUUCUGCAAGACCGUCUUUACGUACGCUGCAGCGAACUCCCCAGCAAUAUUUCAAGAAGUUUUCAAAAAUUAAGUGAAGUUGGGCUUUUCCAGAUUGUCAAUCUUACGAGUCUCAAUCCUGAGAAAGGGGCCUAUUUCAUUCAUAAAUCCGUACAGGAGUUCCUUGCAGCCUGGCACAUAAAUGAGGAAGUGUUGUCGAUUAAAGGAGAAAGUACGUCUAGUCUUUCCAAAGUUGAAUCAUUUGUAAAGAUCGCGAAGAUGAAUGAAGUUCUGAAAUUUGCGUGUGAGCUGUCAACAGAAGCCGCGUGUGCAGUUUUUCAUCAUGUAGGGUGUGUUGGAAGAAACGAAUUUUUGUCGAAGUGUGAUUUUAUGAAGCUGCUUCGGGAGACUGUACCACCCGCGUUGUCUCAAAAUCAAAAACUUUAUCUUGGGCUUAUCUCGCAUAGCUACUUUUGUUGUUCGGCCGAGAAGAGGCGAGAUCUCUACUCAGUGUUUCCCUCUUACACCGGUGGUGUUUUGUCUCUUGAUUCUAACCAGCUGAACAUUACUGCAAAUGAACAUUUGCUGAAAUCUGGCAUGAUACCCGACUUUAUCUUUUUUCCUCCCUGCGAAAAGUCUUCAGUGAAAAGCUAUCGAGACUUGAUCACUGUAGCGGAGGACACAGAUGCUGUCUUUUUUAGUUGUUCGGGCGAAAAGAAAGCCGCAGAUUUGCUGAAGAAUUUCCCGUGUCGUUCUUUGAGCGAGUUCUUUUUGAAGAGAGAGGGAAAAAUCAUCGUUUAUGUUGAUCAAAUAUGGAAAGAAGGUCGUGACACUUUUCCGACCGAAAUGCUGCGAGAGCUCAUUUUGCCAAUAGCAGAGUCUACUCAGGUGAAGCGUUUUGGUAAUACGUUGAAUGAACAAGACAAUGAAACAGCUUCGUGUUUGACUAAGAACACUGAUAGCAUCACUGUUCCGACUCCUCAGAGCCUUUCCUGUGUGACGGAGAUUGAUAUUAACGACAUAGAAAGGCUAGAGAUGAAGAUGCUGGCUGAUUGCUUACCACUUUCCACUGCUCUGCGAUCCAUAGUUAUUAUUGGGAAUUUCAUUGAUGCUCAGUUGACAAAGUCCCUGGUGUCUCGUAUCAUCUUCACCGAGAGACUUCACACGUUAGUACUUGUUAAUAUCAAUUUAACAGCCAAACCUGCUGCAGCCAUCGCCAGAUCUCUGCACCAAGUUCCUAGCCUGAUCGCUCUCAACUUGUCACAAAACCCUCUAGGUAAAGGACUAAGUGUUCUCACUCAACAUCUCAGCCGUGUUCCUCGCGAGUGGCUGUGGCUUUAUAAUGUUAAAAUGACAAAGCAACAAGUGAAUGAUUUGAGUGCAGCUGUACGUCAGAGUAACAUCUUCCGUUGGUCGACACGCUACCACGAUGACAAAGGGAAUGUCAAACCUGAAGAAGAAUGGCCAACAGAUGAAUACUGGAGAUAUACCUGGAUCGAAUCAGAAGAAGAGUCUGAUCCUGGGUCAGUUACUGCCUCAGGUGACGAGGAGGAUCCUGGGUCAGUUACUGACUCAAGUGAUGAGGAGGAUCCUGGGUUAGUUACUGACUCAGGUGAUGAGGAGGAUCCUGGGUCAGUUACCAACUCAGGUGACAAGGAGGAGCCUGGGUCCUGCCUGGAAACGUAACUGACUAGGACUGACUCAGUAGACUGCCUGCAACUAAGGAAACUUACCAUUGGUCAGAACUGUCAGGCCAGACCAGUCCAUCCAUUGAUAGAAUUCCCUCAGAUCUGCUCAGUUAGAGAAGUCAAUACCUAAGUUGUAGUCAUUGUGUUGAACAAAAUAUGAAAACAAGUCUGGGAAACCUGAUUAAACAAAGCACAUUUCAAGAUGAUUGGUCAGUUUGGUAGGUUUCUGAUCAAUGGUAGGAGACUUCAGUGUUGUGAUCAGAUGAACAAACAAUCAACCGUUGGAUGAAAGAUAAGGAAAUAUAUUUUUAGAGUCACUUAGCUUAGGUAAAUUGGUACCCUCACCAAUAUAGUAACUCCCUUCCACAACAUCACUAAGAACAUGUGGGAUGUUCCUCUGGAGUCAGAGUGUCUCAUCCUUGAAAUUGAUUGUUGGAUUUGGAUAUAUUUUAGGUUAUUUUUCGAUGUCCAAUAUUCUUGGUUGUAGUUUUGAUUUACAGCUUUGAGCUUCAAAAUUUGGUUUUCAUGUUAUUGAGUAAGAGAAUGAGGUAUUUUUGUCAUUUUUUAGUUUAGUAGGCUAAUGGUUAUGUGCUGCCUUGGCAAUUGAUUAAUUCAUUAGGCUGACUGUCAUUUCUUUUGAUGUAAAUGUAAGAAGUCCUCAACGCAGCCAUUCUUCAUAAAAUCAUAGAUAUUUCAAUGUGGCUAAGAGCAAAACAUCAACUAU